AUGUCAGACUUCCAGAUCACAGACGCCGACCUCUCGAGAUCGAAGUUUGAAGGCAAAGUUGUCAUAAUCACAGGCGGCUCCUCAGGCAUCGGUCUCGCAACAGUCGAACUCCUCGGAUCCCUAGGCGCAACCGUGAUCAGCGCAGACAUCAACGCCCCGCCCAAGACCGGGCCUUUCGUGUACAUCGAGACUGAUGUCAGCCAAUGGACAUCACUCACGAAACUCUUCAAGUCCGCGAUUGCCGCACAUGGUCGCAUUGACUUCGUCUUCGCAAACGCAGGUAUUGGGCCGCGCGCAAACUACCUUGCGCUCGAGUCUGACGCCGAAGGCGAGCUGAUCCAGCCGAACACAGCAACUCUGGACGUAAACCUGAGCAGCGUGAUCAACACCGCGACUCUGGCCGUGCACUACAUGAAGACGCAGAAAGAAGGUGGAAGCAUUGUGCUUAUGGGAUCGAGCACGGGCUUGCACUCCGUGCGUGCUAUCGACUACUCGACAGCGAAAUCCGGCGUCCUGGGCUUCGGCCGCGGUCUCUCUGUGCUCCUCUCGGCCUCCAACGUGCCUAUCCGCGUCAACAUCCUCGCGCCCAGCUGGACAGCAACACAAGUCCUGCCUGACCUGGGCAAUUUGCUGAAAGCGGUGAACUAUGACGCGCAGUCCACAGACGUCGUUGCGCGCAGUGCAGCCUAUCUGUUCGUCGACAAGAAGAGGCAUGGUGAGGUCAUAUUCGUUUGCGAGGGCAAGUACACCGAAAUCGAGAAGGCGAUUUUGGCGCCGGCGUAUGAGAAGGUCAAAGGUGACGGGCCAAGUGAUGAUGAGGUGUUGGCGAGGAUUAUGGCGCUUGCCGGGUAG